UCGCGGUCAUGGUCCGGCUCCGCCGGAGGCAAGGACGGGCGGCGGGGGCUUGUCUGCUUCAGCGGGGACGUGGGCAAUCCGGGGUCCCCGCUGGCCAGCAGCGGGUCUGAGGAGGCGGCAGCGGCGGCAUCUCCCUUCUCGGCAGGCCGGGGCGCUGGGCCGGUGCCCGAGGCGGGUCCCGGCCUUCCCCCAGCAGGCCCCGCUGGCCCUGGCCCCGGCCCCGACCAACCGCCCCGCGUGUGUGUGGAGAAACAAGGUGCUUCCGGCUGUACCCGCAGGGGCGGCAGGGGUCCGCAGCAGUCGGGGGUGUCCCUUGCAGUGGGGUCCGUCACGGGCUGGGACACAGUCCUGCCCGGGCUUGCUUGCCAGAACCCGGGGCCAGAGGCCUGCAAAGCUUCGGGGACCUUCACAGUGAAAUCUCCAGAGCAGCGCAGGUGAAGGCGGGGUGACCAUCAGCUCACGGUCUGUCCUGCUGAAAAAUGCCCUGCUUUACUGGAACGGCCACCUGAGUCAGCCUCUCUGUGACCUGUAGGAGAUACUGGCUGGCAUUCAGGGAGAAAGAUGUCAUUGAAACCAUUUACCUACCCAUUGCCUGAAACAAGGUUUCUUCAUGCAGGCAGGCUUGUAUACAAAUUUAAAAUCCGGUAUGGCAACUUCAGCAGUGCUCCUGAUCUCGACAACACUGAAAGUGCUGUCAAGGAGUUAGAGGAAGUAAUUCGAGUAAUCCUUGGAAAUCUUGAUGAUUUACAUCCAUUUUCUACAGACCACUUCACUGUCUUUCCAUAUUUGAGUAAAUGGGAGAGAGUAUCAAAGAUGAGGUUCAAACAUGAGAAUGUCCAUCUUGUGCCUUAUCCCUACAUUUGCAUUGUGUAUCUAGAACUGAACUCAUUUCAGCAAAACGUAUCUUGUGGUAAAGAAGUAAACAAGGGCAGUGAUGAAAUUGUCAAGAGAAGAAAUGAAGUGUCAGAAAGUAUCGCAGUGGAAGAAAUGGUGAAGAGGAGAAGAGUGGAAGUCAGAGCAGAGGUCUCAUGCCCACAGUCAAGUAUGGGUAGAGCUGGAGCCGAGUGUGUUCACUGUACAAGUAAAGCAAAGCAUGGAUUUGAAAUGAAUACCUCCAAAGAAAAUGACUGUGAGUUUAGUCCAGCAUCCCUUACUGUAGGCUGUAACCAAGUGAAUUUCUGGGGACCUGUAGAAUCUAACCUUGAACAAAGAACAGCAACCAGUCAGGCUGAGGGUACAGUGCAGCUGCUGCAGGAAAUGGACCAAAUGGUAAACAAAGGAAGCAAAGUGUCAGAGGGAAGAGGUCUCUCAAGCAAAGAGUCAGAAGGAAGAGGUCUCUCCAAGUUCUGGAGAAGCAUAAUCUUUUCGCCACUACAGCAUCUUUUUGGUGGCAAGAACUGACCUGGAAGUACUGACUGUUGUGGAAAGGUAAACUUGUAGCAUCAGUGUUGGGUUGUAUUGUUUCUUUUGUAAUUCAGCUUUUCACAUUGCUUGUCUCAGCUAUUAAAUGUUUUAAAUGAAAUUCUACUUUGUUUACAUUUUCAAAUUGAUGUUCCGAAAAUGUUGGGUUAGAAUGUCUUUUUCUUUACAACCUAGAGUUUUUGGAAAGAGGGCCACAAGCUUUAAGAUUCUGAUCCUCGAGUGUCAUGAAUCGGGCAUUUUACAUUAAAAGUCAUUAUAUAAGAUUCUAAUAAAACAAGCACCAACUUGGAACUGUGUGUUAUUUUAAUCAGUCUUACCCAGGCAGAAAACACUCUUUCCGUCCAAGAAGUAGAGGUUUCUAGUAUUAGAUGGACUCCUGUAGUAUGCUUCACAGCAUUAAAAAUGUCAGAAUUGGUGAAAGUAUUUUGGAUUAAAUUUUACCACUGGACUACAA